CAGGAAACAGCGAGUUGAAUGUACACCAUCGUUGUGGGAGCCCCCGCUGCAGGAGCGUCCUCAAAGGUGAGUUCACAGUCUCCUCAUGGCACUGGCUGGGGUAAGAGUCAUUGAGCUGGCAGGCCUCGCGCCGGCACCCUUCUGUGGGAUGAUCCUGGCAGACUUUGGCGCCAAGGUGAUCCGUGUGGACCGGACCCGAGUUGCCAUGGCAAUGGACACACAGGCUCGGGGCAAACGGUCCGUGGCGAUCAACCUGAAAACCUCGGAGGGUGUGGCAGUGCUAAGGAAGCUCUGUGUCCAGUCAGAUGUGGUCCUGGAGCCGUACCGAAAAGGCGUGAUGGAGAAGCUGGGUCUUGGUCCAGAGGAGCUGUUAAAGGAGAAUCCCCGUCUGAUCUACGCUCGGUUGACUGGAUAUGGACAGACUGGAUCUUAUGCCUCCACAGCUGGUCAUGAUAUUAACUACCUCGCCAUGUCUGGCCUUUUAUCUAAGUUGGGUCGUUGUGGUGAGAAUCCCUACGCUCCAUUGAACCUGGUAGCAGACUUUGCCGGUGGUGGUCUUACCUGUGCUCUGGGGAUAGUCCUAGCACUGCUGGAGAGGACGGUGUCAGGGAAGGGCCAGGUCAUCGAUACUAGCAUGGUGGAAGGAGCAGCAUAUGUGGGUUCGUUCGUAUGGAAAUCUCGUCGCAUUGGUAUGUGGGACCAGGGUAGAGGAGAGAACAUGUUGGACAGUGGAGCACCCUUCUAUGAUACUUACCAGACCUCUGAUGGAAAAUAUAUGGCAGUGGGAGCCAUUGAACCGCAGUUCUACAGACAGCUGCUUCAGGGCUUGGGAUUGGAUGCUGAAGAUUUACCUCCUCAGAUGAGUUUCAGUGACUGGCCAGAGCUGAAACGGAUCUUCAGAGAGCGUUUUGCCUCGAGAACGCAGGCAGAUUGGUCGAAAGUUUUUGAUGGCACCGAUGCCUGUGUUACACCGGUGUUGUCUUUCGACCAGGUCAGCUCCCACCCACACAACCAAGAAAGAGGUUCUUUCAUUAAGGACUCCACGGGGGACGAAAGCCCUCGGCCAGCCCCAGUCCUCUCCCGGACCCCUGCAGAACCUUGCCUGGCCCGCGAUCCUAUUAUCGGAGAACACACACGUCUCGUCUUAGAGGAGUAUGGCUUUAGAUCAGCAGAUAUAGACCAGAUGCAAGCAGCAGGAGUUGUAGAGUGUAAUGCUGCCAAGGCAAAGCUGUAGUUGACAGAAUGAUCCGUCCUCAGUAACCUGCAUCAAUACUCGCGAUACAGAAGCAAGAUGCUCCCAAACUGUGGUUUCACUGUGGCUAACUGUGGUUGUACCGAAAAAGACACAUCACAUCGAGACUGUCUGGUGAAUUAUACAAAUAUUAAUCACUGAAACUGAAACUUGUGUUAACACUUUAUUUUAGGGUACAUUUAUUAUUAAUUAGUCGUUUAUAAGUAUGAGUAUUAGUAAUGUAUUAGUUUUGUAUUAGUCAUUAUUAACUACUUAUUAGCCCCUCAUUUCGCAUGCCUUAUUUUACACCUUAUAAACUAUUGGGGAUUUUUUCUCAAAAAACCCAUAAUCAGUGCUCACUAAUGGUUGGUAAGUAGGCCUAUGUAUUUAGACUACACCUCAAAUAAACCCUUUAUAUCAUUUAGGCAACUCAGUAUGGGUUCUAGUAAGGAAUGAGGAACCCCAGUGGGUCCUUGGCAAGAUGAGGAAUGCUUGAGUUUCUCUAAUUCACUAGAAAGUGGUGGAAUUAAAAUAAAUGUAGAAGGGAAACCAAAUUCUUAAUAAUGACUUAAUUGGAUGUUGGAUGUAGUGCAAAUUAAUUAUGGGCUAAUUGAGACAAAACUUCUAAUUGUUUAGUGUUUAGAAUAAGGCAUGCAAAAUUAGGAGCUAAUACGUAGUUAAUAAUGAUUAAUACUGAACUAAUAAAUUAAUAAUGCUCACACUAAUAAACAACUAAUUAUGGCUAGUGAGUGUACCCAAACAUAAAAUGUUAUCAAACAUACAGUAUAGAAUUACACCUGUGAUUAAUUGUGUAACCCUAUCUGCAACAAUGCUGACAGCAUAAAAAUAAUGUUCUUCCACAUUAGGAAGAUGGUGAAUGAUGAGAAUACCAAAUUUUUGGGAAUUAUUAUUAUUUUUUUUUUAGGUUAGAGUUAGGAUUAGGGUUAGGGUUUGUCCUGCUUUUGGCUGUUUAAACCAUGAGAUGUUCAUGCCCUCUGAGAUGGCACCCACUGUAAUUAAUUCAUUUAAUUAUUUAUAAGCUUACAAAUGUAAAUGUUUGUUUGAAUACUUUUUAUGGUAUUGUUCGACAAGUAGAUUAAAUACUCCUGAGGCACUAUCCUUUGUUAACUCAGCCUCUGCACAGGUACAGUUUAAAUGCAUCACUGUAAUUUCUGUGAUUAUCUCUACAGCAGAAUGAAAGGACUGAAAGGAAGCUCUUUUGUGAGUAACAGCCUGAUCUCCAAUUUAAAAAAGAAAAAAAAAAGACUUACAGUGCAAAUGCCAUGUGCAGGUAAAGUGACAGAAAAACUUCUUAUCACUGACAGGAUUCUGUGAAGGACACAUAUGCAGUAGUCUGACAAUGAAAUAAUAUGUUGGAGGGUAAUAGCAUGGUGAUUAGGGUGGGUGAAUGGAGGUAUACGUUUUCCUUGACUCCCAACAACAUGGGAUGAAUUCUCAAAUGAUGCCAGUAAGAUUUUAAUUACAUGGAGUUAUGUAUUAAUUUUAAGUUUGUCUCAUGUAACCAUGGCCAAAAUGUUAUACAAGAAUACCAUAAUCUUCUCAUAACUGCCCACAACAUGUAAUCUGCAUUUCAGAGUUUAUGCUCAUUUUCAUUACUGGACUGUUGAUGAAUUGUGUUUUGUUGAAAGGGUUGACUUGAGACACUGAAGUGCCUUUCAUAAAUUUUACAAGGGUGUGUAGAAUGAUAUUUUUUCCUAUAAUUUCUAAUAAAAUAAUUGGAAAUUC